AUGUUUUCCUUCCGCAAGCCCACCAAAGGCAUUGGCUGGGGACGAACUGCCAUGACAGCAGAAUGGCUUCACCAAAGAAAUCGAGGUCUCUGGGAAGUGACUGUGGGCCUGGGGCGGUGCAGGAGCAGUAUAAAAGCGGGCCCUUCUCCUCACUCUCUCAUCCAUCACUCUCACGUCUAUCUAGUUGGCAAUAAGCUGCACCUCCAGCCACAAGACAUGUCCUGCUACAGCCCCUGCCGGCCCUGCGGACCAUGCCAGCCCUGCGGCCCGACCCCGCUGGCCAACAGCUGCAAUGAGCCCUGUGUCAGGCAGUGCCAGGACUCCACCGUCGUCAUCCAGCCCUCCCCCGUGGUGGUGACCCUGCCCGGACCCAUCCUCAGCUCCUUCCCACAGAACACCGCCGUGGGAUCCUCCACCUCCGCUGCCGUUGGCAGCAUCCUCAGCUCUGAGGGAGUGCCCAUCAGCUCCGGGGGCUUUGGCCUCUCUGGCUUGGGCAGCCGCUUCUGCGGCACCAGGUGCCUCCCCUGCUAA